GGAAUAUCUUAGCUGAACCUAGAAACCUAGAUGCACCCUCGUUGUUCAGAUACCCGGAAGAAGUUGCUUAUCCAAUGCAAGAGCUACAUUAUUCGGCGAUGUCUAUCCAUUGUCCGAAAAUGAGCAAGAAUGGGCUCAUAAACAGUAUAUGGCUAAGCAUCACCAAGGACCUUCCCAGCAAUGGGGAAACUCUCACUAUUUUAGAAUGCAGAACAUAAGUGAUAUAUAUUUCAUUGGAGGUUUUGGCACUGUUGCGUGGAUUAAUGUCAAUGAGUACGAGGCACUUCAACCAUAUAAGAUAGCUGUUGAUGGAGGCGAGCAAAACCUUAGUGAGUUUAACUUAGAACUUAAUGCCAUCUUCUCAAACCCACUUAGAGAGUCACUGUCUACUGAAUCUGAGGUAGACGAUGCUGCUAUCAUUUCUGUAGACAGCAAAGGGAUCGAUAUAAGAGUUCGGCAAGGUGCUAAGUUUCACGUACAAAGGCUAGCCUUUGAGGAAAGUCUUGGAGUAGAGGCUUUAGAAGAAGCCAAAUCUUCACUGUGGAAAGUGAUAGAGAAGGGAAAGGUACACAAUUUGUAG